GUCUUGUCAUAGGGAAGAUGCAGGACUGUGUGACUGAUUGGCAGAGCCCUGUGAUUCCGCCCACUAUCCGCCGCCCCUGGCGCGUCUUCGAAGAGGACCUUGAGGAGAAGGUGACCAGCAAUGCAAGUCAAGUUGGCCAGGUGGAUUCCAAAGUGAGAGAGCAGAUCGCUGCAGUUCAGGCGAAGGGGGCGCGGGUUGCCUUCCUGUCGCUGUCGGAGUCCGAACGUCAGACGUACUACCAGGUGGCUCUUCAUGAGCUGUCAGCCUUCGUCUUCUGGCGGCGUUCGCAGUUGGCCCGUCAGAAGUCCGGUGAGAUCCUCCCAACGGACAUGGAGGCAGGUUGGGAUCUGCUUGACCUGAACGACAAGGGCGAGUGGCUGCCACAGGACCCCAUCGCAUUCCUCCGUGCCGAUGCACAAUGGGCCACACUCCUUGCUGACGUGCAUGGCGGCGAUGAGCAAAUAGGCACAGAGGAUCUCCAAGCAGUACCGACACCAAUGAAGAGCGAGAUUCUGGCCACCGCCAAGGCACCCGUGAAAAAAGAGCCGAAUGUCUCGGCUGCUGCAGCUCCGACUCCCCAGCCGCCUGUGAAGAAGGAGCCGAGUGCUCCGGCAUGCAAGCCGGCUGCUGCACCGAACGCAGGCACGACGAAGCCUCCUGCGACUGCUCAGAAGGAGGCGGCUGUGGCUGUGCCGACGACCGCGAAAGCACCAGCCAAGGCACUCAAGCAGGAGCCCGCCCCCCCGGCAAAGCCUGCGGCAGAGUUCCCGAAGAAGGCCGCAGUGGAGAAGGAGCGCGAGCAGACGGAAACAGGCGCCAAACAACCUUCGAGCGCUAUCGUCCCGGCUUCAGCAGCACACGAGAAGAAGAGGAAAGAGGCGAAGCCAGCGCCGGAAGCAACUCGACGCAGCAGGCGGGUGAAUCCCGAUGCAGAGACGAAUGGGGCUGCGGAGAAGAAGGCGGCCGCUGCUGAGGCGAGCGGAACAGGCAGAGCCACUGCCAGAAAGCGAGCGCCUGAGCCCCGCGAGCGCGCCGAAGUCACCUCGAAGCAGCAAGGAGCCCGCCGCUUGCGUGGAGAGGAUGCGGCUCCCGCGAAUCUUUUUCCAGAGGUCUUGGAGGCGAAAUGUUGCGUCUGCAAUGAGAGCCACGCCAGCAUGGAUAACGACUUGGCCAUGUGUGAUCGUUGCGACAAGGCCUUCCACGCAAAGUGUCACGAUCCGCCGGUGGCAUAUUUUGGGCGCCCCGACGAUCAAUGGUUCUGUGCUACAUGCACCAGAGAGCUGGCUGAGAUGCGGGAGUUGAGCCUCAAGGUGGAUGAUUUCUGCUGGGUCCAAUGCACUGGAGAAGCCCAUCCCUGGCCAGCCCAAGUGGUCCGGAUCGACUUUUGCUCCCUUGCGGACCCGCGGCCGUACUGGGUUCAGUACUUCGAUGCGGGACCGCCGGAGGGGCAAUGGGUUGGCGAGGUCAACGUUAAGACUUGGGCUGCUGGACCUCGGUGGGGAUCCAUCCAUCAGGCACGCCGCCGCAAUGCGGUGCGACUCGCGGAGGCCGCUGGCGCACCUGCCCUCAGCACUGUCAUGCCUGCGCCUAGCACACCGAAGCGGAAGCCCCCGGCGCCAUUGAAGGAGGGAGACAGCCCACAGUCGCCGGAGAGGAAGCGCAAGCGGCCAGCCAAGGCGACAUCUGGAGCCCCGGCGGCGCGGCGCAGCUCUCGUGUGCAGGCCAUGCUGGAUCGAAAGGAUCCUGAGUGUGGCCAGAAGGCGCCGACCUCGAGAAAAGCACCGAGGCUUCGACGAGAGCCGGAGAAGAAUGAUGCGGAGGACGAUGAAUUCAUGCAGCAGGCGAGCGAGAUGAGAAGUUUGAUUGCCGCCGCGAAGGAGCGACAGAGGAAGCUCGAGGAAGAGCUGGCACAGGUAGCCAACGGAAAGCAGAUGGUCGCGACCGAGGCAAGCUGA